AAAGCCAGCAACGUGGUUCUCAUCCCACCCAGAGCGACAUCGGGCCGAACAAAAAAACAUUUUAAUAGUCACUUUGCUCCUCCUCCUCCUCCUCCUCUUCCCCACCACCCUUCCCUCUUCACCACCUCCCCCACAAUGCUCCGCGGGCUCUCCUCUGGACUCGCUUCCGGCGCAAGGAGGCAGUUCUCCUCCUCCGCCUCCGCCCUCAAACCAACCAAAUCAUCGACCUCGGCGCUCGCAUACAAAGCCCUCCACCGCCGUGCCCGCUACCCCCAGUCCCCCAAGAUCGGGACGCCGUCCUGGUCGGCCUCGACCGCGGUUUCCUCGAUCCUCUACGAGAUGCCGUCGGCCGAGCAGCCCCCCGACGUCUCGCACGUGCUCAACUGUCUCGUGCAGAACGAGCCCGGUGUGCUUUCGCGCGUCGCAGGGAUCCUCGCCGCGAGAGGAUUCAACAUCGACUCCCUCGUCGUCUGCAACACCGAGGUCGAGGAUCUCUCGCGCAUGACGAUCGUGCUCAAGGGCCAGGACGGCGUGGUCGAGCAGGCCCGGCGCCAGCUCGAGGAUCUCGUCCCGGUCUGGGCGGUGCUGGACUACACCCACACGCCGACCAUCCAGCGCGAGCUCCUGCUCGCAAAGGUGUCCCUGCUCGGGCCCGAGUACUUUGAGGAGCUGCUCGCGCACCACGAGCACGGGAUCUCCGAGGCCGAGAGCGACGAGUCGAUCGGCGUGAUUGACGAGUCCGAGUCUUACCAGGACUAUCACCCGUCCAAGAUCGCGCCGUCCGAGGCCCUCCGUCACAAGCACAUGCAUCUCGACGCAAUCACAAAGCUGGCGCACCAGUUUGGCGGCAAAGUGCUCGAUAUCUCGAUGAACUCGUGCGUGGUUGAGGUCUCGGCCAAGCCGGCCAGAAUCUCGGCUUUUAUCUCGCUUGUCCAGCCGUUUGGUAUCCUCGAACUGGCUCGCAGUGGAAUGAUGGCUCUCACGCGCACGCCCGUUGAAGAUAGCAGUGCAAAGGAGGCCGAGAAGUCUGCUGAUGAGGUCGUCGACAUCAGCAGUCUCCCUCCUGGUUAAAAUAGUACAUAGAGUGAUGCAGGAUCUUAAAAAUUUACAUGUAUUUACAACUCCAAUAAAAUAAGAACUAGA